AUGAGAGCUGAGAAGACUGCCAAGCGAGAAGCCGACAAGGCAAAGCGCAGCGCGUCCGUCGCGUCCGUCCCGCGGGGGCCAUCCGCGCCAGCACUUCGGAAACCUGCAGACGAAUGGGAGUUCCUCCCGCCGCUUCCUGAGAUAAUCGACGCUGUCCACAUAUUCACGCGCAAGUACUUUCAGCUAGGCUUCAUCCCGAAGGAGCUAUUUCCACUACAGCUUCAGCGAGACCACCGCUCCGUCAGCGUCUUUCUCCUGCUCGGCAUUCUCAGUGUCUCUGCCCGCUUCUCGCCGGCCUUGGCCCACAGGUACCAAGGGGAAAUGAAGGCCGUCGAUUACUUCAUGGAGCGAGCCAGUACCAUGGCGUUGGACGAGUUGUAUCAGGAACCUACGCUAGAGCGUUGUCAGGGCUUCUAUCUACUGAGCCUUGCCCAGCAAGGGAGUGGGUGGAGAAACCGGAGCUAUAUCAAUAUCGGCAUUGCUACUAGGAUGGCCGUGUUGAUGCAUCUGCAUCGCGAGGAGUUCUACAAGAUGAAAAACCCUACUAGAGAAAUGAUUAUCAGGGCGGAAUCGGCACGGAGAACUUUGUAUCAUAUGCGCAAGGCGCCUGCUAACCGCAUCACAGGCCAAGACAACCUUCAUUGCGGUGCCCUCUCGCCGGUUUCUCUCGCCGCGAACGACAUCACGGCGCUGCUUCCUAGCAAUGAGGAGGACUUUGCCUACGGUCGCGAGCCGCUGUCCCGCGCAGCCCUCGAAGACACACCGCCAGCGCGCGAGAAUCCGUCCCUGAUCCAUCAGCCGUCCCGGUCUCUAUUUGCGAGCCUGAUGCAGGCACACUACUAUUGGGGCAAGGUCGCCCGCAGGGCAAUGGCAACCAUGAAAAGCGCCAAGCCGUGGGAUCCGACGAGCGAGUACGCGAUCAUGGCGAAACAACUAAUGAACUGGGAACAACAGCUUCCGCAAGACCAUCGGUGGAGCAUGGUCCUGCUCAAGGGGCAUAAGUCGGUUGGCGAAGAUUUGGCUUAUUUGGGAGUUACCAUGAUCACAAAGCUCUGCAACAUCGUACUGAGAAGGGCGUAUCUGGACAAGUUCGUGUGCACUCGUCCUGUAUCUUUGUACAAGCUCUAA